AAGCAGAGCCAGCGUCCGGGUCGGCCGGCAGGGGGCGGGGCCGGGCAUGGUAACGGCUCGAAAGCCUAGGAGGCUGGGCCGGAGGAAGGCGGAGGAACCGGUGUUCGCCGCUGCCGCUGCUUCAGCCUAUUUCUUGCGGCCUCUGCGGGUCCUGCCUCAGCCAUGAUGAUCCACGGCUUCCAGAGCAGCCACCGGGAUUUCUGCUUCGGGCCCUGGAAGCUGACGGCGUCCAAGACCCACAUCAUGAAGUCGGCAGAUGUGGAGAAAUUAGCCGAUGAAUUACAUAUGCCAUCUCUCCCUGAAAUGAUGUUUGGAGACAACGUUUUAAGAAUCCAGCAUGGCUCUGGCUUUGGAAUUGAGUUCAAUGCUACAGAUGCAUUAAGAUGUGUAAACAACUACCAAGGAAUGCUUAAAGUGGCCUGUGCUGAAGAGUGGCAAGAAAGCAGGACGGAGGGUGAACACUCCAAAGAGGUUAUUAAACCAUACGAUUGGACCUAUACAACAGAUUAUAAGGGAACCUUACUUGGAGAAUCUCUUAAGUUAAAGGUUGUACCUACAACAGAUCAUAUAGAUACAGAAAAAUUGAAAGCCAGAGAACAGAUUAAGUUUUUUGAAGAAGUUCCUUUUGAGGAUGAACUUCAUGAUCAUGGAGUUUCAAGCCUGAGUGUGAAGAUUAGAGUAAUGCCUUCUAGCUUUUUCCUGCUGUUGCGGUUUUUCUUGAGAAUUGAUGGGGUGCUUAUCAGAAUGAAUGACACGAGACUUUACCAUGAGGCUGACAAGACCUACAUGUUACGAGAAUAUACAUCACGAGAAAGCAAAAUUUCUAAUUUGAUGCAUGUUCCACCUUCCCUCUUCACGGAACCUAAUGAAAUAUCCCAGUAUUUACCAAUAAAGGAAGCAGUCUGUGAGAAGCUAAUAUUUCCAGAAAGAAUCGAUCCUAACCCAGCAGACUCACAGAAAAGUACACAAGUGGAAUAGAAUGUGAUACAACAUAUACUCCCUGUGGAAUCUGACUGGACACCUUGGCUAUUUGUAAGGGGUUAUUUUUAUUAUGAUAAUUAAUUGCCUUGUUUAUGUACAGAUUUUCUGUAGCCUUAAAGGAAAAAAAAAAUAAAGAUCGUUACAGGCAGGUU